AUGGCCCCCGCUCCUUCUGUUGAACGAAUCCGUGAGCUCUUCAGUCCCUGGGAGACAGGCGACGAUCUAGACUUCAUCGACAAUUGUUCUUGCUCCGGAUUGCAGAUUUGUAGUCCCGGAAACCAUUGCGAUCGCACGGAUUUUUCGGGCUGCGGGAAGGACUGGGUAUCCAUUUCAAUGGCUUCGAAGGACGGACCUCUACUGCUGAAUGGAAAACCAUAUAACCAGACCUAUCUAUGGGCGACAAAGUGGGACGGGGAGCAUAUAGUGGAGGUUGAGGAGUAUGCGGACUUCGAGUUGCUUGCAAAUGCUGUUCGGGAGAACCUAGAAGAGAGAAGAGCAAGGGACGAUCUCUAG